UCUACUUUAUCAAUGAUGCUCAGUUUCUUCUUGUUAUGAUUGUUGAUGAUAAAUCAAAUUUUCAGUAGUGUCCACAUCCUGGCUUUGAAUUUAAGGACACUCCAUCCCCUAUUAUGAAUUUGGGGUAGCUUCAAAAUUUUCGUAGCUCAUCUCUCUCUCUGAAAAAAUGCAUCCCCACCUCUUCCCAACCUCCUUUCUCAUCUUUCUGUUCAUGUUCUUCAUCUUAAUCCACGCGCCGAGAUCUGUGUGUGCUAAUGAUGACCGAUUCACGAUCUGUGGUGAUAAGUUGUUUGGGUGUGGAAACCUUACUGAUAUUAGCUAUCCUUUCUCGGGAGAGAACCGACCCGAGUACUGUGGCCACCCAGGUUUCAACCUAAGUUGCCAAGAAAAUGUCACACGGCUUACAAUUCAGUCAAUAACAUACCGAGUGCUGAGAAUCGACAAUACAACACAUACUCUCACAGUUGCUAGAGACGAUUUCUGGAAUACUAUUUGUCCAAUAAAUCUCUAUAAUACCACUUUGGAUCCGAACCUCUUCAGCUAUACUUCCAAUUCAGUGAAUUUGACUCUGUUAUAUGAUUGCCCCUUCAUUUCUGGCCAAACGCAAUCACUGCAGAAGCAGUUUAGUUGCACAGUGAACGGUACUAACAGCACCAACUAUUUAGGGACCAGUAGCAUUGACGUGUCAUGCAGUAACACGAUCAUAGUAUAUGUUUUCUCUGACGUUUUUUCAAGCGGCACUCCAACUUCACAGAAUAUUGGAGAAGCUCUUGACGGUGGUUUUGGGUUACAGUGGGAAGCAAAUAUUGAUACAACCUGCACCCAAUGUGUCCAAUCGGGUGGACGAUGUGGGUAUGAUUCGAAUUCCAAUUCGUUUACUUGCUACUGUGCGGAUCAAGCUUAUACAUCCGUGUGUAACGGGACACAAAGAGGAACUGGUAGUAGUUCAGCUGCAGGUGAGAAAUUGACCGUGCGGGUGAAGCUGAUAAUAGGAGUUGUUUCCGGCGGAAUUUCAAUACUACUAAUGAGUGUCAUUAUUUGCUACACUCGAUCAAAGACAUCUUCAUAUAGAUCAAUCAUAUUUUGGAGGAAGCAAAUAAAUGAUAAUCGGAAUUUUGAGGCCUUUAUUAGAAACUAUGGAUCGCUGUCUCCAAAACAAUAUAGUUAUUCAGAAGUCAAGAAAAUGACAAACGCUUUCAAAGAUAAACUUGGUCAAGGAGGAUAUGGUUGUGUGUACAGAGGAAAGCUAAUUGACAAUCGUCCUGUGGCAGUGAAGCUUCUUGAUGCAUCCAAAGGAAAUGGAGAAGAUUUCAUCAAUGAGGUUGCAAGCAUUAGUAGGACUUCACACGUUAACGUUGUCACUCUUUUGGGUUUUUGUAUUGAACGAAGCAAAAGAGCUCUCAUUUACGAGUUUAUGUCUAAUGGAUCUCUUGAAAAGUUUAUAUAUGGUGAAGGUCUUUCGAAGAUCAAUGGGCAUUUGGGUUGGGAAAAAUUAUAUCAAAUUUCAAUUGGAAUAGCUCGAGGACUUGAGUACUUGCACCGUGGGUGCAGCCAACGGAUAUUACAUUUUGACAUAAAACCUCACAACAUUCUUCUUGAUGAGGAUUUUUGCCCAAAGAUAUCUGAUUUUGGACUAGCAAAACUGUGCACCCAGAAAGAGAGCAUUAUAUCAACAUUGGAAGCUAGAGGGACAAUAGGAUAUAUUGCUCCAGAAGUGUUCAGUAGAAACUUUGGACGAGUGUCUCAUAAGUCCGAUGUUUAUAGCUACGGAAUGAUGACACUAGAAAUAGUUGGAGGAAGGAAGAACGUCGAUAACGGGGAGAGCCAUACUAGCCAGAUAUAUUUUCCACAUUGGGUUUAUAAGCGUCUUGAGCUAGACGAAGAGCUGGGAUUUCAGGGUGACAUGGCAGAGGAAGAAAAUGAAAUGGCAAGGAAGAUGAUAUUUGUAGGGUUAUGGUGCAUACAGACUGAUCCUUCACAAAGGCCAUCUAUGAGUAAGGUGUUGGAAAUGUUGGAAGGAAGCGUAGAGGCCCUGGAAAUUCCACCGAGACCCUACUUGUAUUCUCCUUCAAGAUCAGAAGCAGAAUCUUCUACUACGUGAACAAUGCUUUAAAUUUUUGUUAAAAUUAUUUAUCAUCCAUUUUGUCGAUCGAGUCAUUGCUCACGAAUAUAACAGAGCAUAUCUUGACAAGAGUCUGGUUAUGACAAUCAAUCUUGAAGGCCAUGUAUGCAGCUUAUUGCACCAUAUAAAUUUUGUAUUUUUAACAGA